CAUUGGAAAUGGGAAGCCUACAAUCAAUAUUCUCAGUGUUGGCGGUGGAGCAGGUGAGAUUGACCUCCUGAUCCUCUCAAAAGUACAAGCCAGAUAUCCAGGGGUCACCAUCAACAACGAUGUGAUAGAGCCGAGUCCUGACCAAAUCUUCAAGUACAAAGAGCGCGUGGCUGAGACAUCAAACCUGGAGAACGUAAAGUUUACCUGGCAUGAGGAGACAGCUUAUGAAUAUGAAAGUCGAAUGAAUGCAGAAAAGAAGUCUAAAAAAUGGGACUUUAUUCACAUGAUCCAGAUGCUGUAUUAUGUGAAAGACGUCCCAGGAACUAUCCGGUAUUUCCACAGCCUCCUGGAAGCCCAGGCGAAGCUCCUCAUUAUCCUGGUGUCAGGAACCAGUGGCUGGGGAAGACUGUGGAAGAAGUACAGUUCUUCCUUCCCUUUAGAUGAUCUCUCCUCUUACGUUUCCUCUGCUGACAUCAAAAGGAUACUGGAUUCAGCUGGGCUGAAGUACCAGCUCCACGAGCUCCCAUCCUACAUGGACAUAACGAGCUGCUUUAUUGAAGGGAACACGGAUGGGGAGCUGUUGCUGGAUUUCCUGACAGAAACUUAUGAGUUUUCUAAAACUGCUCCUCCAGAAUUAAAGCGUCAGGUAAUGGAAGAGUUAAGGAAGCCUGAAUGCAGUGAAGAAAGAGAUGGGAAGGUGCUUUUUAAUAACAGCCUGAGUGUAAUUGUGAUUGAGCCAUGA